GGGACAUGGGCCGAAUCAGGGUGACUAGUGACGGGGCGAUGCUGAUCGUGCUCUCGGUGCUGUGCUGGCUCUCCGGAGCCUCCUGGGCUGCGACCCUGAGCGGAGUGGAAGGCGACUACAACCUGCAAGACAUCAUUCUGGAUCCAACGAAGUUUGGAGGCGUGACCAACUUCAGCACCUUCCUACUGGACCGCUCGUCGGGCCUGUUGUUUCUGGGGGCCAGGGACGCCAUAUUGUCUGUGGACACCAAUCAACUGGACAAACCACCACGCAAAAUUACGUGGGAUGUGCCGGAGGACAAGAGGAGAUCUUGUGUGGGAAAAGGAAAGACGGAGGUGGACUGCCAUAACUACAUCCGCCUAAUGGAGUUUCUGGAAGAGGGACGCAUCUACGUGUGUGGCACCCAUGCCUUCGAACCCCAGUGUGCCUUUCUGGAGCUUCCCUCCUUCACCCUGGAGAAAAAUAAUGAUGGAGAAUUGAAGAUGGAGACGGGGAAGGGCAAGUGUCCCUUUGAGCCCAGUCAGCACUACACAGCUGUUAUGGCAGGUGGUACCCUAUAUACAGCAGCCACCAGUAACUUCCUGGGAACGCUGUUUGACAUCUCCAGGGCAACAGGCCCAGAGCAUCAGCGCAUCCGAACCGAACAAUCCAUCAACUGGCUUAGUGACCCAGAGUUUGUGAGCUCAGCCUUCAUAGAAGAGUCCGCAGCCAGCAACCCGACCGGCGAUGACGACAAAAUCUACUUCUUCUUCACUGAGGUAGCCAAAGAAUACGACCUCUACACCAAAGUCAAGGUCCCCAGGGUGGCACGAGUCUGCAAGUCUGAUGUGGGAGGGAUGAAGACUCUGCAGCGACGUUGGACCACCUUCCUUAAGGCCCAGCUGGUGUGUGAGGACAAACCCAGCGAUCAGCGCUACAACAUCCUGACCGAUGUUUUCACCAUGCAGCACACACCAGGCGACCCCAGCAGCACGCACUUCUACGGACUCUUCACCUCCCAGUGGGAACGUGAGGAGCUGUCAGCAGUGUGUGUUUUCAGCUUGUCUGACAUCAUCAAAGUGAUGGACGGCCCCUUUAAAGAGCUGAAGAAGACCGGUGAGGGCUGGAAUCCUGUCCCCACACCGCGGCCUGGCCAGUGUUUAAAUAACGCCUUAAAGGCCGAAGGAUUGGGGUCAUCCCUAAAUCUCCCAGACAAGGUGCUGACAUUCGUGAGGGACCACCCUCUGAUGGAGAACAGCGUUACCGCAGCACCCCUGCUGGUCCGCAAGGGGACAAGAUACACCAAGCUGGCUGUAACCCAGAUAGGAGCAGAGCCAAUAGGAGUGGUGCUGCACCUCGGAACAGACCGUGGGGAGCUCCACCAGGUGGAGGUAGUGGGCCAGAAUACCACCCUUCUGCAGGAGAUUCCUCUGUUCGCCUCAUAUGAACCUGUCAACAAUAUAUUACUACACAAGGGCCAGGCUCUGGUGGGCAGCCCUCUGUCUCUGGCUCGUGUCCAGGCUGAAGGCUGCGCUCUGUAUCCCAACUGUGAGCUGUGUGCCAGAGCCAGAGGACUGGGCUGUGUGUGGAGCGAGGAGGAAGCGGCCUGCAGGAGCACGGCAGCAAAGCCUGGUCCAGGUGAUUCGGUUGAGGAUGCCUUGAGGAAAUGUGAUUUAAAGGAGGGGCAUUGCUCUCCGUCCACCAGGGAGCUGCAAGUUUCCAUCGGCCUGCGCCUCCUGUUGCCGUGCGUCCAGCUGACUCCCAGGCCCUGCACCUGGGAGCAUCCUCUCCACAGACACACCCGGCAACAUCACUCUGACCUGGACGUGACCGUCACAGAGGAGAGCCUGGGAAAAUACAUCUGCACAUGCCAGGAGGUGAGACCGGGUAUCAGAGACCACACCCCCUGUCGUAGAGCAGCCUAUCACCUCACACUAAAAGGCCCCAAUGUUGAAGGAACAGUAGCCACAGCCGGUAGUCGUCACGUCCUGGCUAUCUACAUCCUUUUCUUCUGUGCGGGUGUAGCGUUUGGUAUGUUUGUCCUGUACUUCUUGAACCGGCGACGCAACAUUGGACGCCAGGGCCACCAGCUGCCAGAUAAUUCGCUGUCGUCGGGGAAGGGGCAGGACUUACUCGGCUCCUCUGCUACUCCGCAGUCCCCGAGCAGCGCCAGCUUGCUGUCGGAGGGAUUCCGGCUAACGGAGAAACGAAACGGGACCGCGACCACAACCACGUCAACCACCCUCCUCAGCAACCAGGGGAAUGGUGGUCACCAUGGUAACAGCUACAGCGGGACCCUGAUCCACAGCAACCCAAGCAAUGGCCACGGGAAUACCUUGUACACCAACUGCAACACGAGUAGCAGUGGGCUGAAGCUUGCCUCCGAAAUUCUAGCUGCAGACAUGUUGGACGCAAGGACGGGGGAGAGAGUGAGGCCUAAGGUGGUAGAGAGGGAGUCAGGGGAGGGGGACGAGGUGGAUGAAGGGCUGGGGGACGGCUUAGGGGAAGGAAUUAAAGGACUAGAGGAGGAGCUUGCCAGCUUUCCCAUGUUUAAAUUACCAGCACCACUAGCUCAGUGUGAGGAAAGCUCAAUAUGACUAAGUGAUAACAAAUAUUAAUAAUUGCACCAUUUUUGCUUCCUCCAAAUAAACUGAGUACUUCUGGGAGGGAUGCAAAAUGGCUACUGCCAAAUGCCUUUGAAAGGGAGCUGUGGCUCGAAGAGAGACCACAGAGACGUGAGGAAAAUAUGUGAGUAUGAGAGACUUAUAGAGAGAACUGCGAGUGUUGGGAUGGACUGUCACAGCUACAUAAAUGUAUCAGAUGUAAAUAAAUAAAACUGUAAAUAUAAGCUGUGGACAGGACAGUGAGCGUGACACUGAGCAUUUCAGAUGUCACAAUGAAUCAAAGACAAAAUGUCCACGUGUGUGACCAAAAGCCAUAUUGUCUUUGUCCUUAGCGUCUGUGUUGUCGUUCGCACUCUCGUCCUCUUCUCGUAAUGGCACCGCAGACGAGUGCACGUUGCAUCUUUCGGCACCUCUCUCUGUGUUUCUAUUUCUCUCUCUGACACACCAAACUUUCGAGGGUCCAAAGGCACCAAAGGACUGCUGAGCCACGGACUGCCCACUCCUGGGCUUCAGACAAAUAGAUGUCACUGUCAGAGACUAAAAGGACCAUGACGGGGCUGUUCCUGCCUAAACUGCCACAGAGGUCAAGUGGAUGAUAGGUUCAAGUUCACCCAUCAGCAAGAAAGUCUACAGCUGCCCAGCUAUGUCACUGUUCACCUACACCGUUACAAAUGAUUUUCAACAAGGAUGUGGAAUUAAUCUGCAGAACGGUCACUGAGCCACAAUCACCUUGUGUGUGGAUUUCAACAUAAAAAUGUAUUGGGUUUUUCUGUCCUGUUUUAUAAUAAAGACACAAAAGUUGCUGUUUA